AUGAAGCAGCUCGCCACGAAGAAGAAGGCGAUCGCCAAUAACGUGAGCCAUUUCAAGCGCGCAGUCUGCCUUCUCCCUCCUCUCCUGCUCGCCGCCGUCCUCUAUCUCCAGUUCCAAACGGCCACCGGCCUCUUCUCUUCGAUUUCCCGAAUCGUUAGCCAGCCAGCAGCCAUCGACGACCUCGUCGACCGCCUCCGCGCGUCGGCCACCUUCCUGCCGCUCAAGGACACCCGCGAGCGGUCGGAGACGUGGUUCAUCAGCACCCACGACGACGUCUCCGAGCCCGACGGCGAGGCCAAGAACCUGGUCUUCCCUUCCGCGGCGUCGGCCGGCCGGCUCCUCUGCCUGGCGGCUCCCUCCCGCCACGACGGGACCAGGAACGCCUACGCGCUGGCGUGGCGCGACGCGCUCCCCCACGGCGCGGCGCUCCGACCCGGGCUGUCGUUCGUGUCGGAGACCGCCUACGACCACAGCAACCUGUGGCACGGGCUCACGGCGCUGGUCCCGUUCGCUUCGUGGCACGCGAGGAGCGGGUGCAGGGCGCGGCCGGCGAGGUGGGCGCUGUUCCACCACGGCGAGGUGCGGGCGGGGAUGAGCGGGUGGCUGACGGCGCUGGCCGAGGCGGCCACGGGCGCGAACAUGACCGUCGAGACGUUCGACGCGCCCGGCCCCGUGUGCUUCGAGGAGGCGGUGGUGUUCAGGAGGAACCUGGAAGGUCUGACCAGGGAGAGGCUGCUCGGGGCGUUCGACUUCAUGCGGUGCAAGGCCAGGGCCUACUGCGGCGUGGACGCGUCGAGCGCCGGAGGCACCGACCCGACGGCCCUGCGCGUCACGCUUCUCUUCCGGUCGGGCGGGCGGGCGUUCAAGGACGAGGUGGCGGUCACGCGCGUGUUCCAGGAGGUGUGCGCGCGGGUGACCGGGUGCACGGUCGCCGCCGCGCACUCGGACAACGUGACGUUCUGCGACCAGGUGAGGUUGCUGAGCGCGACGGACGUGCUGAUUUCGGCGCACGGGGCGCAGAUGACGAACCUGCUGUUCAUGGACAGGAACAGCAGCAUCAUGGAGUUCUACCCGCUGGGGUGGAGGCAGAGGGCUGGGGGCGGCCAGUUCGUGUACCGGUGGAUGGCGGAUCGGGCGGGGAUGCGGCACGAGGGCUCCUGGUGGGACCCCAACGGCGAGCCGUGCCCACGCUCCCCUGACAUCCUCAGCUGCUACAAGAACCGGCAGAUCGGGCACGACGAGGCCUACUUCGCGCAGUGGGCAGCCAGAGUCUUCGCAGCGGUCAAGGAGCGCAAGGCUAGGAGGGCCGCCGAGGUACCGGCCAGUGAGCGCCGGCGAAAGGCAGCGACCUGCAACUGCAGCUAGCAGUGCUACACUGCUACGUGCUGUGGACGCACGUCCCGCCAGCAAGUCUUAUAAGUUCUUUUGGUUUCACUAAAUAAUAUAUUUUUA